AUGUCCUUUUUCGACAUCGAAGCACAAUCUUCAAAGGGUAACUCCCAGCAAGAACCACAAUUCUCAACAAAUCAAAAAACGAAGGAAUUAAGCAAUUUAAUUGAGACAUUCGCUGAACAAUCCCGCGUGCUGGAAAAGGAAUGCACCAAAAUUGGUUCCAAACGGGACUCCAAAGAACUAAGAUACAAAAUUGAAACAGAGUUAAUACCGAACUGCACCAGUGUAAGGGAUAAAAUUGAGAGCAACAUCCUCAUUCACCAAAAUGGAAAGUUGUCUGCUGAUUUCAAGAACCUGAAAACGAAGUAUCAAUCCCUACAACAAUCAUACAAUCAAAGGAAGAGUCUGUUCCCUCUAAAAACGCCUAUUUCACCAGGAACAUCUAAGGAAAGAAAAGACAUCCAUCCGCGAACUGAAGCCGUGCGACAAGAUCCAGAGUCUAGUUAUAUUUCUAUAAAAGUAAACGAGCAGAGUCCUUUACUGCAUAACGAAGGACAACACCAAUUACAGCUGCAAGAAGAACAAGAACAACAACAGCAAGGAUUGUCCCAAGAAGAACUAGAUUUUCAAACAAUCAUUCACCAGGAAAGAUCCCAACAGAUAGGACGCAUUCAUACGGCGGUACAAGAAGUCAAUGCUAUUUUCCAUCAGCUCGGUUCAUUAGUGAAAGAACAGGGAGAACAAGUAACCACCAUAGACGAGAAUAUCUCGCAUUUACAUGAUAACAUGCAGAAUGCAAACAAACAAUUAACCAGAGCAGACCAGCAUCAGAGGGACCGUAACAAAUGCGGUAAGGUCACCCUAAUCAUUAUAAUAGUUGUGUGCAUGGUGGUAUUGCUUGCUGUAUUAAGUUAG